AUUGAAAUGUGCCUGACACUCUGAAAAAGCUUUUGGUGACGUGUGUGACUACUAUUUCCCUGUCAGCCAAUUUACCGCUGCGCCCGCCUGAGCUGAGAAUAGACCAGGUCGGAGCUGGCGAGCUUUCAGCGCACCUUCGGCACAUUGUUUUGUCAUGAAAUUUUCACUGCGCAAAGCUGAAAAUGUGGACACUAUCUUUGCGAAGCCCAGUCUACCAGAUUACCAAAUGUGGUGUGCUGGACAAAAUUACCACUUGGCACCUUGUACUGCGCCACAAAACUCGAGCCUCGUGUUUAUACUGAAAUACUUAUACCAGUAUGUGAAUCAUCACCUGUUGUAAUCUUUCGAGGAAACAACUUCGCUCUCCUGGGAUCUCUCAAGCCAAUGAAAGUCUGCCUUGUGAUUAGUAGAAGAGACUUGAGUGUGCUGUAAUGAUUGGAUGGAUGGGUACAUCUUUGCAGCAGAAGCCCCUUAUUUAUGCUGGUGUCCCCCCCUCCCGUCUAGCAGGCUGCACAAAGGUUUUUACCACAGCAACCUCAUCCACUGUGUAACCAUGGAUAUCGGUGGCCUGACAACAGUGGUGGCUAACUCAGCCUACAUCUCAGCACGCGGGAGCUUUGACGGCACCGCUAACCCUGCAUCCAACCGAGACAAGAAGUACCACUCCCGCCUCAAGCUUCCCCACAUUACAGUAUGCGAAGGCCUCAGAGAGACUUUAGAUGUGGGCUUUCAGAAGGUCUGCAUGGAACAGCCAAUCGGCAAGCGUCUUUUCCAGGAGUUCCUAGAUUCAAAAAAUGAAUGUAAGGGUCCUUGCCGCCUGUGGAAGGACAUCGAGGAGUACAACAUGGCCGAGGAUGAGGACAGAGUCCAGAAAGCAAAGAAGAUUUUAUCACGGUACAUGGAACCGGAUGCUAAGUAUUUUUGCCCCUUCCUGGUAGAAAAUGUUAUCACAAAGGUCAAAGAAAAUCACCAGCAUGCUGAAGAUGAUCUCUUCAAUGAUACAUUGGACAAUGUGAUGGACUUCCUCAAGGAAAUGCCCUACACUUUCUUCCUGGAGAGCAUGUAUUUGAAGAGGUAUCUGCAGUGGAAGUGGCUGGAGAUGCAACCGGUUGGAGAAGACUGGUUUCUGGAUUUCCGUGUGUUGGGAAAAGGGGGUUUUGGGGAGGUGUCCGCCUGUCAGAUGAAGGCUACUGGGAAAUUGUACGCUUGCAAAAAGCUCAACAAGAAAAGACUGAAGAAGAGAAAAGGCUAUGAGGGGGCGAUAGUGGAGAAGAGGAUCCUGGCACGAGUUCACAGCAGGUUCAUUGUGUCCUUGGCCUACGCCUUUCAGUCUAAAACAGAGCUGUGUCUGGUUAUGACCAUAAUGAAUGGAGGAGACCUGAGGUAUCACAUAUAUAAUGUGGAUGAAAACAAUCCAGGCUUUGAGGAGCCACGCGCUUGCUACUAUGCUGCUCAGAUCAUACAAGGACUGGAGCAUCUCCACCAGAAAAGGAUCAUCUAUAGAGACCUCAAACCAGAGAACGUGCUUCUAGACAACCAAGGUAAUGUCCGUAUCUCUGAUCUCGGUCUGGCAGUGGAGCUGGUUGAUGAUCAGUUCAAAACCAAAGGCUACGCUGGCACUCCUGGAUUCAUGGCACCGGAGUUGCUCAAAGGAGAAGAAUACGAUUACUCUGUGGAUUAUUUUGCUCUGGGAGUUACUUUGUUUGAGUUUCUGGCUGCAAAGGGACCUUUUCGGACCAGAGGAGAGAAGGUGGAGAACAAGGUGGUGAAGAAGCGUAUUUUGAAUGAUCCUGUAAUCUACCCGGAGAAGUUCAGUGAGAAGGCCCACUCCAUCUGUGAGGGUCUGCUGUUCAAAGAGGUGGACAAGAGACUCGGCUUCAGAAAUGGCUCUUGUGACGAGCUCAGGUCACAUCCUUUCUUUAGUGACAUCAACUGGAGGAAGCUCAAUGCAGGAAUUCUAACCCCACCUUUUGUGCCAGACUCGAAGACCGUUUACGCUAAAAAUAUUGGUGACGUUGGAGCCUUUUCCACAGUCAAAGGUGUCCAACUUGAAGACAAAGACAAUGAUUUUUUUAACGAGUUUUCCUCUGGGAACGUGUCCAUCCCAUGGCAGGAAGAGAUGAUUGACACAGGGAUGUACGACGAGCUGACCGUGUGGAGCCCCACUGGUACUUUACCUAAUGACUUACGACGUGAAUCCAUCCUGGAACAACCUACCCGCUCUUCCACCUGCUCUGUGUCAUGAAGGUGUCCUCUCACUUCACCUGCUCGCUUUCUUUUUGGGAGCUAUUAUGAAUUAAGUUUAAAACCAAAGAUGAACCAAAGAUUUUCUUUCUUCAAUAUGUGAUAAUAGAGUAAUAAAACAUUGUAAUUGUAAUGUAAUCAAUAAUAGUGUAAAAUAUCAUUUAUAAUAACCAUUUAUAAUUUAAUAAAUAUAUAUAAUUGAAUAAUCUAAUACUGUGAAUAAUGUCUUGUUGUGUCUUGCAUAUUGCUACAUUCAUUUUUGUGCGGCCCACAGCUUAACUGCCAGGAACAGAUGACGUGUCCCAUAAACGCUGUCAGAGUUGAAAUUUCAUUAGAAAAGUGGCUUGUCCUGGCUGUAGCGUUUUUGUAUCCUUGUUAAAACAUAUUCCUCCUUGUGGUACUCCAUAAACCAAAUAUUAAUUUACAGUAUUCCAGACGCCCUAUUGUGGAAGUGAUAGUAACGACACACAGUGAUGAAGGCUGUUUUUAACCAAAAAUAAAACUGGUUCUGGUAAGGCUUUGAGUAAAUUUACAGUAUUCCAGGCGCCCUACAGCCAUGUAACUUCUGCCUUCAUGUAUGAUCGCUAGCAUGAUCGCUCACAAUCAUACAACAGGAAACAGGCAGUCCUGCAGGAAGCAGACUGAUUGAUAAAGGUCUACAGCAGUAGUAAAUACAAUAACAAACCGAUAGAACAGUAUAAUACGCCACAGGAUGUGUGUUCAUACCCUGUUGGAAAAAAGCAUGCAAAAUUGCACUUUUUUUGCACUAAAAAAUAUCUGUAAAUUAGCAAGUCCCCGAAAGGUGAUGGAGCGAGGGAACACGGUACAUUAUGUGCUCAUAUAUUGUUAUUCAAUUAACAUGGUUGAGUGACAAUAUGAAGUUAAUCAUAAUUAACUCAGUACAAUGUCUCUUAUUAAUUACAUUUUUUUCCCCACCAUUAAAUAUACUGACAGUCAGUCGAAAUGUAUGCAUAUUUCUACUUGU